CUCCUCCUCCUGCGUACCGCUCUCUGUCGGGGGCGGCGCUGCGUUGAAAUCAGGGCGUAUCCGCUGUUGGGGAAUCAGGAAAUACGCUCACGUUAGUAACAAACCCCUCCUGUGGCUAAGUUUACUUUAGUUUACUUUGACCACGGCUCGCUAGUGACCGGCUCCUCGUCCAUCUGCUGCCCGUCUCAAGCAUCACCUCCGCCCGCCUCCCGGCUCCUGGGCUCCCCGCUGUCCUGCCCCUCAAUGGCUCAUCCAACCGCCACCACACCGGGUCCACCUACUGGAGAAGGUGGAGGAGUGGGCAGCAAACCAGACUACAUCGCCUUCAUCCUGGUGCCCACGUUCUUCCUCUUGGGCCUGUUGGGGGUGGUGAUCUGCCACGUGCUGAAGAGGAAAGGCUACCGCUGCACCACCGAGGCCCAGGAGGACGACGACGUUUUUGAGGAGAAGGAUCCGGAAAUGGGUGAAGAGAUGAACGACACCCUCAGUGAAAACAAUGACACAGUCGGACAGAUUGUUCAUUACAUCAUGAAAAACGAAGCAAACUCGGACGCCCUGAAAGCCAUGGUUCGUGAGAACAGUGUUGAUUCUGACGGUCCUCCUCUCACUCCGACCUCGCCCGGCACCCCAACCCCCCCCACGACCCCCAUCUCACCGGGCGCGCCCCCUGGAGCCGCCAAGCACACCUGCAACCACCUGCACACCAUCGGAGGCCCCGGCGGCCACAAAAACAUCUGCACGCGCUGCAGCCAGAAGAAAUGGCCGCUGCUAAGGAGGCCGUCGGCGCGCAAGUCAGAGAAUCGCCGCAGCCACUAUGGAGAGGUCACGGUCCUGGCUGUGGGCAGGUUCCGGGUGACAAAGUGUGAAAGACCAACCAGGGAGAGGCGGACUCUGUUGAUAUCAGAUUCCAAUGGGAGUGUCCCCACGUCCCCCACAGAGGUGGAGCCCAAGAGCCGGACGACGUCCGAGUCCCAGCAGGGGCCAACAGACAACACGGACACUGAGAAAUGAUAAAAGAAAGAAAAUCCAGCUUUCUCCAGAAACGAGAGAAGCAACACCUGGACACUUUAUAUAAAAACCCAAACGAGAACAUCCAAACAUCCGCACAGGAGGAACGUGAAGCAUCGGAGUCGAACCGAGGAUCGCUCCCGCCACACUCUCGCUCCACAGGGAGGGAGAAAGCUGCAGCCGAUGAAGACGACGGUGCAAUUUACAAGUAGAAGGGUGGGAAGGUGUGUCUGGUCACGAUGCACUCCAUUUCCUCCUUUUUAAGAAUAUCACAGCAGUGCCUUGCUCAAAGGCGUCAAGGCAAACUAAUCAACCAAACUGCCUAUCUGUCUGUGACGCAGUAUGUUAUUUACAUGUUAUCAAGCAGUUCAUUUGUAAAACAACUCGCUCAGGAACGGGCGCUGCCAGACUGAGAUAAAGUCGCACGCAGUCAUUCCAGGAAGAAGGAUAUGGAUAUGGAUGAGCCGGGGAAAUACACGGGAGCGUUAGCAUCAGCGAUAAGAGGAGAGCAACAGUAAUCACAUCCUGUAACGGCGUGAACACGACGUUGAGGUGUUUCCCCCGUCUUCUGCGGGAUUAAGCGUCCUGACCCCGUGUCUCCGUCUUCCAAUCUGACCUCGAAUAAAGAGGAAACUGCAAUUUAAUCAGACACGAGCUGCCCACUGAACAUUGUCCAUCGACAGGUAUAAGUGACAUUAUUUAUUUGUCACUUAAACAUUUUUUUUUGCUACCUGCCUCUUUAGCUACCUAAUCUGCUAGCUGCUAACUUUGUGCUAGCCUCGUGCUAAACAGUUAGCUUUAGCACAGAAGUCUAGAAAUUACGAUCAGAGCUGUGAACCAAAAUGAAAAAGGUUGUCGACUGAAAGAAACCAAAACGCUGCGUAGAGCUACUUCGUUGACCCCGUUGUCCUUUUACAUAGUCAUGUGACCAGAUGCUAAUAUAUAAACAUAUUUUUGCAGCUUUAAUUUGUAAUAUUAAACAUUUAGAUUGGCAUUAUAUAUUUUUUUGCAUGCUAUGACAGAAAUAUAAUUUAUAGAGGUGUAACAUUACAUUGUUUUGUUUGUCGGACGUUAAAAACACAUUGCCAGUUAAAGUCGAUGGAAGGAAAAGGACGACGAUUCUAACCAAACAAACCUGAAAGCUUUUACUUCUUCACUUUUAUCUCAAGUCUUGUUCCUUUUCGGCUUCGCUCUCGUGUUCACGCAGAAUAAAUCCUAAUCUGUUCGAAGCCAAACGAAGCUACUUAUUUUAACUGGAUUCAUCGUAUUUUACCGUGAGCUGCCUUUUUUUUUUUAUAUGAAUCGUCAUCGUAGUAAGAGGUCACGAGCAGAUCGUGUACAAAUGAGUUAAUCCGUCGCAGAUUAGCUGUCCGUUGUUCUGCCGGGAUGUGAUCCUCCCUUUUCUUCUUCCAGUGAAAUGUUCCUCUCAGUUCUCAGCGUGUCUAAUUGCAUGCGCUGCCGUUCGAUGAGCGUUUACAGUAUCAAGAAACCAUUUCGUUGUGGAAGCAGUUGAAUGAAAGAGAGAGGAAAUCAUGUUGAUUUCAUGUUGAAUGUUACCUCCAGAAAUACGUGUGGUAUGACUCUAAAUAUUUGUGUGUGUGUGUGUGUGUGUGAGAGAGAGAGAGGAAAAUAAGAGGCACUUUUAACUCUUCCUCACUUUAACACAGCGUCAUUUCUUUUUUUUAACGGAAAGUUCUGGUGUUUUUUAACCUUUUUCUUAUUCUCACGUGUGACCCCUUUGGCUACGGGUCACGUUAACGUCACAGGUACACAAGCGUACAUCGUGGCGAGCAGCACAAGCGAAGGAAAACAAGGCUCAGACAUUAGAUGUUAAGCGUGAUCCCUUUAAAAUCAAGACCGAUUACAAUCGGCCUUGUGACCUAAUGGAGACGCGCACAUCACGCCAUUGAAAUAACGAGUGAAACUGGAGCCUAAAGAAACACAGAACUUGGUUAUUCUGUUCGAGUUCAUUUCCUGAAGUUUGAAAAGUGCAGCAUCAACUUGACCCUCGGUCAGAAAGGUCACAGUUAUGAGAAUAAGAUCCAACGUUAGAAAUGCUGGAAAUACUUAAAUUAAUCAAACAUUCAAAAUUUCGACGAGAAAAUGACGAUUAGAAUGUAAUAGUAAGUUCUUGGCCUCAUCAGCUAAGUUGAAUAUUUUUAUUUUUUCUAUGCUCAACUUCUCUUCUUUUUUUUUUACGAAGAGUGCACAGGAUCCAGAUGUAGUUUGUACUGACGUCUUUAGUUUGAAAAGUCUACCUCUUUUGUCCUUGUGUGGAAAAUAAACAGUGGGAGCAGGAGCAGGAUCGAGCAUUAGAUUUAUCAUAACGUGGCUCCAGCGAAUUUACACAUAAAAUGUUAGUUUACAAGUCACAAGCCGGGUCUUUCUCUGCCCGGACUUUGUGACGACGCACAUGAAACACAGCUUUUGUUUGUUUGAGUUUUUUGGAGCUUUGGCCAAAACUAAAAAACAUGUUCAUCAGAAGAUCUGCUGCUUUCAUUUUUUAAUUUUUUUUGUCACCAUUCUUAAUUAGUUUCAUGGUCCUUUUUAAAAACCAAGUAAAUCCUUGUGAAACAUAUUAAACGUGUUUGUGAAUGUCUCUUCAUUUUUUAAAACAUAAGUGUUCUAUUUUUCAUGUUUUGGGACAGUUUCUUUUUUAUUGUUGUAUAAUGAAAGAAAUAAAGCAAAUAAAGACGACUAAUACACAUCGAACCAUAAAUAAUUGUUCACAGUUAAACACACUGAUAAAAUAUCACCGUUCUAUUGUUGUCGAUGCAAAUAUAAACUUUAUCGCUGAGUUUUA